UUGUAAGUGGUUGAGUAUUUUUCAAAACAUGCAAAUUUCGAGGAUUGUAUGGAAAACAUCAUCCAUUGAUUACAAACAUUCUUUCUAUGGUAAUUGUUAAAAAGAAUCAUCAAGAGGGGUUUUCCGAUUUAGCUGAGCAGCUGAUAAACAAACUAAAUUUGAAAGCUUUCAAGAAAAUCGUCAGAGAAAGUCUCACUUGUACAUGGAAAGUUAAGUGGAGAAAACGUUUUCCUUUUUAUUGAGGUGGUAGAACUGUUUUGUGAUAAGAGUGAAAGGUGUAGCCUAAACUAAAAAAUGUCACUUAGGAGCUAGGAUCGAAUUACAGCUUUCCUGGAGGACAAAGCAUAACUGACAAAACAAAUUCAUUUCCAUGAAUUCAAUAGGCUAGCUUCCGUGACCUCCGAAACCCAAUACAAGCGAAAUAUGAAACACCAAAUGUGCAGAUUAAAACUGCAAAACCAUCACCUGCAGAUUCAUCCUUUGUGUCGCGACUCUGAAGAGAGUGUUCACCAGAAUCAACAAAAACUUCAAGGUUUACUUUUAGACACGCACCAACUCAACCUCGAGACUGGUACGGCAAGCCGGGAAAAUGUUUAUUUAAGGCGUUCGCGUUUCGCAAGCUGGACAAAAAAAUGGCGAGAACCGCACCCUAGUACCCUGAAGGGUGAUUGCGUAAGUGCUCUACCGAAAAAAAGCUCAAGAAGAAAAGAAAUUAGCAUAUCAAGUUUGUGAAAGCCACAGUGACUAUAAUUUCGAAGCUUCUGAUAUUUUAAAAUAUUGAUCUAUCUGUUAAGGGUAUCCGAAAUUUUCUUUGUAUCGUAUCAAACAUCUGCUAUAAUCGCGACAAAACUAUAGACAUAAGUUUUGAAUGCACCGAGUUUAAAUAAGGGAAAUCCUAAUAAUAUUUUUUUAGCUAAUUUCUGCGUUGAAAUCUUUUUGUUUCCUUUUCGAGGUUCAAAAGAGCAAAAUGAUGGCUCAACAAAGGCUGUGAAAGCAGCCUGAGGAAGCAGCGAUCUGAAAAAGGGGAAGGUUAACACACUUUCAACUCAGGACUGAGAUCCCCCGGAAAGCGUCUCAAUAUGGCUAAAAUGACAUUAAAGUACUUCAAAGAAAAAUUGCCAAUAAGAGCCUGCAAUGCGUGCAGAAUAGGAGACAACAUUAUCCGCCUGAAUUUUCACCGUCUGUUUAGCAAGUUGAUCUUGUUUGAUAUACAUGCAGAAGGUGCAUGAAAAAUUACCCACCAAGUACUCCACACUUGAGAACGUUGAGGUCAUGAACCCAGUGUGGUACUUGUUUGCAAUUGGUGGAAAUGGGUCACGUGAAGCGGUAAAAACUCCUUCCACUAGUCGAUUUGUCAUAACUCAUGUUGUUAAGGGUUAAGAUGUCAGGUCCAAAUAAAUCAUCUUCGACAAACAUGGCCCGUCCAUCGCUUUAUCCAACAUCGGCAGAGAUUUAUGCCCAGCAAUACACUUCGCAGCUGUCCUCGACAUUUGAGCGCCAAAUCAAUUUGACAGGGAAUUAUUUUCCCUUUUUAGAAGUUUCAACCCGGAGACCUUCAAGCCAAAAUUACAGCGCCCCGCCACCACGGCAGAACUUUCAUGGUGAAGACACAAGAUCGACCUUGUCUCAUCACACAACACCGAUACCAGACUAUCUCCUUCAGCCAAUUUAUCCAUGGAUGAAAUCAAAGAAAGGCGGUAAAUCGGACUUUGGAUUUGGCCAGAAACAAGCGAAGCGGCACAGAACGAGUUAUACGAACAAACAGCUUUUAGAACUGGAGAAGGAAUUUCACUUCAACAAGUAUCUGUGCAGCUCUAGAAGGAGCGAGAUCGCAAAGACCCUUAGUCUUUCUGAACGACAAGUCAAGAUCUGGUUUCAAAAUCGUCGAAUGAAAUGGAAAAAAGAUGAAAAAGUCAACGAAAGCUCCGAGAAAAUUUGUCCGCGAUUUAUGGAGGCGCAAGACAGACAGCGUCACCUAAUGUCUUGCUCCCCUCUCUCUUAUUCGCCGCCCGAUCGCCGAGCGUGUCCAGAUGAAAACUUUCACUAAUAAUGUGAAUAGAAAGCAACGGUACGAACAAGUCUCGCUCAAUGCGGAGACCAAUCUUUUGUGGACAUUGCGGUAUGUUAAUUAUCGUAACAUUGUACAUUUCGAGCGUUAUUUAAUGGAAGGAACUCUUGUUAGCAGGGAUCAGUAACUUUCCGCCUUUACGCAUUUCUAAUCCAGUGUUAAUCCAUUUCAAAAGGCCAAUCGACACCAUAUUUCCUCUCUCCUUGUUGAAGGUGUGAAUAGUACUGGGAAGAGCUUACGUCUUUAGAGUUCCUCGCAAGAAAUUAUUUAUUGAAUAGAAUUUUUCGUUUGUUGCCGCCAACGCUGCAAUAUGGAAUUUGUACAAACACUCAAUCCAUCCCUUGAAAUCAACAGCGACAAUUCACACAACCAGUUCAAGGUCAUUUUAGCACACAACAAGCGCCGUUUUACUGCACACAGACAGUCGGUGAGAUUUCUUUGUUUUAAAGAGAUUCACAGCCGUAAAGUUUUCACCUUCGCCUUUCCGCUAUCUUGUUAGUCGCGUUCCAGAAUACCACCGACCAAGAUUCCGCUUAGCAGUUUCAGAUAUGUUCUCGUUUUCCGUGUUUAUUGCUUCGAAGGUUAACUUUAAUAUACAGGUCACAUAAAACUUGUUGGGUUUUACUCUUCUGAAAGUAAUAAAACAUCUUUUCAUACAUCUCUCUA